AUGAGUUCUACCAACACCUCCAACGACAUUUCAAACCAUACCUCCAGUUUUUCACAGCAGGCAUCUCAGUCUCGAUCAAAUUAUGAAAAAGCUCACUCCUCAUCAACCGAUUCUUUACCAACCUCUCCCCCUGAACGUUAUCCUCAACAACAUUCUUCACUUCAUCUUCCGUUUCAUCAAGAAAAUCAAUCAUCACCCCCAAGAGCCAGUAAACUACGUAGGCGGAUUAGGGCUAUUGUCAUUGGCAUAUGCAUCUUCGCUGCCAUGUCUAUCGCAACAGAUUGGUGGGCACAUGCACAAUUUUACACCUUUCGAUAUCCUUGGAUCUAUCAAUCCACACCCAACUCAAACCCUAAUACCACAUCAUGGAAAACUACCAGUAAACUCUACCGAGGUCUCCCAGCUUGUGACCCAUUCUCAGAACCAGGAUCCGUUGUCUUUAAUGAAGAAUUCCAUCACGACGCGAAUUGGGUCCCAUUUGGCUCGUCCUGUCCCCCUAGUCCUGAUUACUUAUCCGCUUUGAGGUCAAUCUUGAACGUGCCGAUCAAUGCAACACUUGAACAUCGUAACGAAGUCAUUCAACAUCCUACUUAUCAAGGUCAUCAUUAUGGCGGUCAGGCUGGUGAAGGCCGAGAGCAUCUAGAUAUUUGGGGUCGUCCCUACCCAAAUCUUGACUUUCUUCGUGGCAAGACCAUUCUAUGGCUGGGCGAUAGUGCUGGGACCCACGAAACACACCUUGGGAAGUCGACCUUGGCCUACUCAACCCUCGGAACCGUCAGACACCCAACCCCAAAAACUCUGCAGCUCAAUUCGCUGGUCUCAAUUGUCGAGUUGUCAAUGGAUUCUUUUAUGGACUUCCCCGGCGUUAUUUCGCUUCAAUCAGGGCUUUGGGACCUUGCAUUCUUUGGACGCCGAAACAGAGAGGCCAAUAUGACCACAGAGGCCCCUUUGACAGCUGUCCAACUUGACUGGUGGCAGAACCGAAUGAGGAGUGUAAUCCGAACUCUCAAAGUACAUUGGCCCAAUACACCCAUCUGGAUUCGAAAGACUCAUCGUGUUGGGGAUCAAUAUUGGGCUAGCCACGAUUGGAGUCCGGGUCUUAAACACGGGAUGGGCCCUGGAUUUGUGAAUUUCUUCUCAGAUGUUCGAGUACACCAGCUUCAGCAAAUGCAAGAUGAGGUCGCUCGCAAUGAAGGUCUACCCAUUUUCGAUUGGGGCAAGAUUUGGGAGGGAUAUCAAAAAUAUCAAGACAAAGUUCAUCCACAGCAGAUUCCAGGCGGUGUCUUGAUGAAUCAAGCUUUGUUGCACCACGUAUGGAUGGAAUCUAUCGGGCGACAAAAUUGGGACCCUAGUCUCACUACCGGAUUAGGACCGUUACCUCAUCCUCGUCCUUAA